UGAGGUAAGCUAAAACAUACCAAAAAUUAAUUUCAAAGUGAACUAUCCCUUUAAAUUGAACUCAAAUUGCAGGUCAUCUGAGGUCCAGGAUUAACCCAGAGCUUCAGUUUGACGUCAUUUUAAAACAUAAUGUUCAAUACAAAGGGUUCCGGAAGCGCCUUAGACUGUGUAGAUUUGAAAAGGAUGACGUUGAGGGAUAAAAAAUAAACAGCAGUCUGUCAAAAAUAUGUACAUUAACUUUCAGGCACAUGAUAUGCUAUGAAUUAAUUGCUCUAUAUGGUAAAUAUAAUAGAUUCUUUAUCGAAUGAAUAAUAAUUCAGCCAGGGAUUGCUAUACAGAUGGGACUGUACAAAGCCUUGGGUUAACAUAUAGUAGCCUAUAUGGUUUGCCUUGACCAUUUAUUGUUUGUAUUAAUAAUUUCAGUUAUGCAUUGAAGCAAGAAAUACAGAACAGACAUGAUGUUGUGGCUCAUAUCAGGGCUGGCGUAAACACUCCAAAGCUUGGUUUGGCUGUGCAAACAGUUUCUGGGUAAGUGUUAGUAAGAGAGGCUGAUGAGCUGUGUUGAGAGUAGGCUAUUAGCACACAGACUUUUAGGGAAUUGGUGCGGCUUCACCUGCCACGUGCAUCCAUCACUAUCCCUAAACACGGGACACUUUAGAUGUGGGGCGGGCUGGGAAAGAGCCCAAAGGAGGGUUAAAGAGGAGGAGAGGAGACAGCAGCGAGCCGAGUUUGAACGAUAGGAUUCAAACACAUCGGACCAUAGAAGAGAGCAGCCCGGACAAAGACUGACGGGAAGACAGCAGUGUCCUAAAACUUUAAACUAGUGAAGGAAAAUCUCUACUAUUUCAAACAGUCUAGUCCUCCAGCAGUCCGAAGUGAGCUCGUGUCAGAUGAUGGCACCUCAGGUCGUCAGCUCACCCUUCCUGAAGCCGUUCUUCCUGAAGACGCCGCUUAGCGUUGGCAGCUCGCGACGCCAGCGACGACACACAUUACCCGCGAGCGAGUUCCGAAAUCUCACGCCACAGGACGCCAUUAGUGUAUUUGAGAUCGAGAGAGAAGCGUUCGUCUCAGUUUCUGGUGAAUGUCCACUCACCCUUGAUGAGGUGCUUAGUUUCCUGGGUCAGUGUCCUGAGCUCUCUUUGGGAUGGUUUGAAGAGGGCCAGCUGGUGGCCUUCAUCAUUGGAUCCGGCUGGGACAAAGAGAAACUAGGACAGGAGGCCAUGAACACGCACGUCCCAGACUCUCCCGCGGUACACAUCCACGUGUUGUCAGUGCACCGCCAGUGUCGGCAGCAGGGCAAAGGCUCCAUCUUGCUUUGGCGCUACCUGCAGUAUCUUCGCUGUCUCCCCAGCCUGCGCAGGGCCCUGCUGGUGUGUGAGGAGUUCCUGGUGCCCUUCUACCAGAAAGCUGGCUUCAAGGAGAAGGGUCAGUCGGCCAUCAGUGUGGGGGCUUUGACUUUCACAGAGAUGGAGUAUCAGCUCAGAGGCCUGGCUUAUGCACGACGAAACAGCGGAUGUUAAGUUUCUUUAGCUUACAGCACAUCCGAUCCUGAUAAAGGACAUCAUGUGUAGAUUCUGGACGGUUCUCACCCAGUUCAGGACUCAAAGCCCUAAUACCACCUAAGCAAAGAACCAGAGACUUGCCUAUGCACUCAUUUAAAGAGUUUGCACACAGAUGUUGGUUGUUUACCGCAUUUUUUUUCUUAUUGUGAACUGCCCAAGACACACUGCACACUUAACUGGUAAAAAAAAACCAGUAGUUGUUUUUAGUAAUAAAUAAUAUUUACAUAAAUCAUAGUC